CGCUGCGGCGGCGGGGCCGCCAUGGUGCUAAUCAAGGAGUAUCGUGUCAUUCUACCUGUGUCUGUGGAGGAGUAUCAAGUGGGACAGCUGUAUUCUGUGGCAGAAGCCAGUAAAAAUGAAACUGGUGGAGGUGAAGGAGUGGAGGUUCUGAUGAAUGAACCCUACGAGAGAGAUGGAGAACGUGGUCAGUACACACACAAGAUCUACCACUUACAGAGCAAAGUGCCGUCAUUUGUGAGAAUGCUGGCCCCAGAGGGAGCCCUGAACAUACACGAGAAAGCAUGGAAUGCCUACCCCUACUGCAGGACUGUUAUUACAAAUGAGUACAUGAAAGAUGACUUUCUGAUCAAAAUCGAAACCUGGCACAAACCGGACCUUGGAAUGCAGGAGAAUGUUCAUAAACUAGAGCCAGACGUAUGGAAGAAUGUAGAAGCAGUUUAUAUAGACAUUGCAGAUCGGAACCAAGUGCUCUCCAAGGAUUACAAGCAGGAAGAAGACCCAGCAAAAUUUAAAUCUGUCAAGACUGGACGUGGUCCUCUGGGCCCCAACUGGAAGAAAGAGCUGGGGAAACAGACAGAUUGUCCGUACAUGUGUGCCUACAAACUGGUAACAGUCAAGUUCAAGUGGUGGGGUCUGCAAAAUAAAGUUGAAAACUUUAUACAGAAGCAAGAGAAACGUCUUUUCACAAAUUUCCACCGGCAAUUGUUUUGCUGGCUUGAUAAGUGGGUUGAUCUGACUAUGGAGGACAUUCGCAGGAUGGAGGAGGAGACCAAGAAACAGCUGGAUGAGAUGAGAGAAAAAGACCCUGUGAAAGGAAUGACAGCUGCAGAUGAUUAACAUGGCUUCCUCCUUGUGCACUUUUGCAAGACAGUCAGCAGGAAGGCCCAGAGACCCCACCCUCUUGACCAAUGGACCAUCUCUGGAUCACGCCUUUCUAUAUCCAAUCGGCAGGCGAUUUUAAAUCUCCCAUAGCUAAUUCUAGAUGCCCUUUAAUAUUGGGGAUCGUUGUGCUGUCACAUUCUCUUCAGAUCCAAACUAGGUGCCCUGGUUGGAUUUUAAACACUGCAGUUCUGAUCGGAAGCAGGUGCCUUGGUGGAGAGGCCCAUGGGCUGGGAUGUUUUAGCUGGAGUUUACCUGAUGAAGGCCACAGUGACACUCUGUACUCCCAGCACACUUGCACCUUUCUGGGUUUAUCCUCCUACAGCCCCUGCUGGGACUCCCUGACAAGUUUUGAUUGGUUCAUAGUGCUAUUCCUUUUACAACAUACACUUUGUAGAAUUAAUUAGAUUAUCUUGUUGUUUCUUUAAUGUGAGUUUGUGCCUUUUGUCUCCUAAUCUUCCAAUACAGGCAUAUUGGAAACAAAUCUAAUAAAAUCUUAGACAGA